AACAUGCGCAGCAGAACGGAGAUGGUAACCACAACCCUGGACGGGUCCGAUUUUGACGAGGAAACCGAUUUCGAAGACUCCGAAGAAGAUUGGCGACCGGAAAAGGGAGACCCGAAAGCGUUGAAACGGAAGCCGCGUGAUAUAGUGACCGGUUCCGGUGGUGGUAAGCGUGGUGGUCGCUCGAAAGGUGGUGCAAAGCGUGGACGUAAAUCAGGCGGAAAAAGUAGAGGCCCGGGCAGAAGACGCAAGUACGGCGAUGAUGACGAAGAUGAUGAGGACGAGGACGACGAACGUUUCGAUAGUGCGGAUAGUGGAAGCUCCACGCCACCAGUUCCUAAGAGGGGGCGAAAGUCCUAUGCCGGCACUCAACAACGUGUGUAUGGACGGAAAAGCGGCAGCAAGACUCCACCGUCCACAUCGAAGGUACAGGUGAAGCUAAGUCCAACGACUUCACCGGUGUCCGGUGGAUUAGAUUCUUCUACAGCCGAACCGACGGUAAAACCGAUCCAACGAAAGGUGGCCAACACGUCCGGCAGCUUUCCGGACAAGAGCGGUUACCUGAAGCUAUACGCAUCGCGAGCAGAUCUGGAGGAGGGCAUACGGGACAAUCUGAAGGUUUGUUUGUGGCGCCGGGAUGGGUCCAGCCUGUUGCAGAAAUACUUUCGCGAUAAGUCCGUCGAUGCCAGUACGCCACAAUUUACAUCCUCGAUGGUGUACUCUUGCUGGGAGGAUAAACGAGCGGACGAGUAUAUGGAGGUGAAGGUACGCUGUAUCGAACAGACGAAGCAGGUGCGCGUACAGCUACAUGAUGUGGAAGCGACGGAAUAUCGUGCUAAGCAAGAGUAUCAGCAGUAUAUCGAGAAGUACGGGAAAUCGAUGGACUCGUCCGACGCGAAAAAUUCACACAACAAUGGCGAUGAAGCAAAUGAAGGAGACGAGCAAGACGAUGAAGAAUACGAUGGAGAGGAGCACGAGGAGGGGGAGGAGGAAGAGGAGAUGCAGGAAGGUGUAGAAGGCAGCGAUGAACCGUCCCAAGAGGAAUGA